GGUAGUGGUGCGAGCAGCUAUAUAAUAUAUUAUUUUCUAUGCUGCAAGCGGCGUACCUCAUCACUUUCGUGUCUGUGUCGAAGUCUCGUACGUGUGUAGGGUGUGUGUGUGUGAGUGUGUGUGUGCGCGUGUUUGUAUUUGUGUGUUCCUGUGUGCAAUGUGUAUGUUGGCUGCAUUCUAUCUUCCAUAGUGAAAUUGCUACUUUUAAACAAAAGGCUUUAAAAAUAAGUUUUAAAUUAUUUCCGUGCAUAAACCUACGAAAUACUCAAUUUAUUUCGAUCUGAUUUGGCAUAACCAUAUUACAGUGACAGAUCAAAUACUCGCUUGAGGUACAUCGAAGUUAUUUUUCCUUUCCUUUUUGAAAAUCAUUAAACGGAUCACCCACAGUAGCGUGGUGGUAGUGGUGGUGUGGAGUGUGGACUACGUGACAUUUUAGAAAUACGGGAUGGACGUCCAUCGUUCGAAACGCAAUCCUUGGCUCUUGACAAUGCAAUGUACAUUUUCAACUUCUAAUGUUCGAUAAACAUUAAGUUAUAAAUACGAUACUUUUUCGAUCAAGUUGUUUUAAGUUUUUAUAGAAAGUGUUUUUAUCUCUGUUUAAGUAAGUAAUUAUAAUUUUUUUUUAUAUAUACGUAUAUAAUAUUAUCUAUACCUAUAUCAUAGUAUUAUAUUAAAAUGAGUGUGAAAAGAGAUAUUAAGUGUAAACUUGAAAUUGAUGAACCAAAACAAAAAGAAUGUCCUGAAGGUAAAUUUAUUGAUCCUGUCAGUCUUAUGGAAAACGGCAAAUUUGUCUUCAAAGUUCCACCGGAAGCUCCAGUUUUUGAACCUACUGCAGAAGAAUUUAAAGAUCCAUUGAAAUAUAUCGCUAAAAUUAGAAGUGUAGCACAAGAACAUGGAAUUUGUAAAAUUAAACCACCAUCUAAUUGGCAUCCUCCAUUUUGUGUUGAUGUUGAUAACUUUAAAUUUACACCAAGGAUUCAAAAACUAAAUGAAUUAGACGCAAGUACUAGAGUUAAACUUAAUUUCUUGGAAAAAAUUGCCAAGUAUUGGCAUUUACAAGGGAUUCGUAUUAAAAUACCAGUAUUAGAACAAAGGGCUGUAGAUUUAUAUUCUCUUUAUAAAAUUGUAGAAUUUGAAGGAGGUUUUGAUGAGGUAUGUUUGGAAAAAAAAUGGGGAAAAGUGGCUAGUCGUAUGGGUUAUGUUUAUGAAAAAUCUUCUGGUACAGUGUUAAAAAGUCAUCAUGAAAGAUGGCUUAAUCCAUUUUCACUUUUUCAUGCUACCAUUAAAGAUGAAAUUUAUAACAAACCAAUUAAAAGGGAGAGUAAAGUUCCAAAUAUUAAAGAAGAAAAUUCUUUUGUUUCAAAUUCCCCUACUAAAAGAGCUAGACUUAGCCCUGAUGAAGAUAAUGAAUCUGAUGAUUAUAUUAAGGAUCCAUUUUAUUUAAUGGAAAAUAAAGAAUUAAGAAAAUUACAAUUUUUUGGUGCUGGUCCUAAGAUGGCUGGAUUUAGUUCCAAGUGUAGAAUAGGACAUCUAAAAUCAAAAGAAUCUAAGAAGUCUAAAAGAAGAAGUAAGCCUGUUGUAGAUUAUUUGGAUAAAUAUUAUUGUCAAAAAUGUGGAAGUGGCAAAUCUGAAGAAACUAUUUUAAUUUGUGAUGGUUGUGAUUUAAGUUUUCACAUGCAAUGUUUAAUCAUACCAUUAACUACUGUUCCAAAGGGUGAAUGGAGGUGUCAUAAAUGUGUAAUAAAUGAAGUGAUCAAACCUAGUGAUGCUUUUGGAUUUGAACAAGCUCAGCGUGAAUACACGCUUCAACAAUUUGGAGAAAUGGCAGACCAAUUUAAAUCUAAAUACUUUAAUAUGCCAGUUCAUCUUGUGCCUACAGAAAAAGUUGAACAGGAAUAUUGGAAAAUUGUUUCAUCUAUUGAUUCCACAGUAAUAGCAGAAUAUGGUGCUGAUUUACAUACUAUGGAUCAUGGAUCAGGAUUUCCUACAGGUCUUGCACUUAGUGGAAAUGAAGAUAAUACAUUUUACAAGUCAUACAUAGAAGAUCAUUGGAAUUUAAAUAAUAUACCAAUACUUAAAGACUCUGUUCUUAGUUUUAUUAAUGCUGACAUAUCUGGUAUGAAAAUUCCAUGGAUGUAUGUUGGGAUGUGUUUUUCAACAUUUUGCUGGCAUAACGAAGAUCAUUGGAGCUACUCAAUCAACUAUUUACAUUGGGGUGAACCAAAAACAUGGUAUGGAGUUCCAGGAGCUUCUGCUGAAGCUUUUGAAGAAGUUAUGAAGGAGACAACACCAGAAUUAUUUCAUUCGCAGCCAGAUCUCUUGCAUCAGUUGGUUACUAUUCUGAAUCCAAAUAUAUUGAUGAAAGCAAAUGUCCCGAUCUAUCGAACUGAUCAGAAUGCUGGAGAAUUUGUUGUUACUUUUCCAAGAUCUUACCAUACUGGAUUCAAUCAAGGAUAUAAUUUUGCUGAAGCUGUGAAUUUUGCUCCUGCGGAUUGGAUUUCUAUAGGUCGUGAAUGUGUUAAUCAUUAUUCCUCUCUCAAACGGAUAUGUGUAUUUUCCCAUGAUGAACUUAUAUGUAAAAUGGUGAACUCUUGUGAUGACUUGACACCAAAAGCAGCUGAACUUGUGUAUGAUGAUUUGAAUGAAAUGGUAAAGUUUGAAAGAGUUCAACGUAAAGCACUUUUAGAUUGGGGUGUUACUGAAGCAGAUUUUGUUGAAUUUGAACAUCAAGUAGAUGAUCUUAGACAAUGUAUGGUUUGUAAUACCACUUUAUAUGUAUCUGCUGUAUCCUGUUCGUGUGAUCCAAAAAGACUGGCAUGUCUUCGGCAUUUUAAACAAUUAUGUGAUUGUCCUGCCCAAAUGCAUGUGUUCAAAUACAGGUACACCCUUGAUGAGUUUCCACCUCUACUACGAAAGGUUAAAGCUAAAGCUGAGCAAGCCUAUGAUGAUUGAAUAUAUUUACAAUGAUAUUUUAUUUUUUUAUGGCUGUAAAUAAUUUAAGCCGUCAUUGACAAGUAUAACCA